CCAACCGAUGCAAAAGAGGCCUCUCAGCCAGGCUCACGGGAACGCAAGAAUCGGGCAUUUCCCUCGUGCAGGCCCAACUGAUGCAAAUCGCCUGCACCCGCAAUGCAGGCGUGAGAGCGAUUCUCUCGCAUUCAUGGGGGUCAGCGCGUCCCCUCAUUUGCUUCUCGUUCCCCGCACGAGCUCUCACCUCACCGUUCGUCGCCGUCCUCAAAUCCGCGACGGUGAUGGUCGAAUCCCCGUCGAUAUCCUCGCUGACCAUCGCUCCACCGUCUGCCGUCAAACUCCGUCACCAACGCUGCCUUCCCAAUGGUCGUUGCUCUGCCAGAUCCACACCCCAUCCACGGCAGCGGGAUGGGUGCAGCAGAGGCCCGCCGCCAACGACGCCUUCCAGACGCCCCUUGCUCUUCCAGAUCGACACCAACAUCCAUCGGAGCGGGAUGGAUGGUAGCCGGAGGCCCGAGAGCUGCCAGGUCGUCUGUGCAUUGUCGCAUCCACACGGCAGCAGGAGCCGCCCAAUGUCUUCCAAGUUUGUGCAAAAUUUUCUUGCGGGGUCUUGUGAUUUGCUCAUGGACGGCGCAUGUGCUUUACAUACUUGUUCCAGAUCUUGUAUUUGGCAUUCCUAACCUCCCAAUCUUCAUCUUGUUUUUGCUCUGAAUGCUGACUGACAAAAAUGUUCAAUUAAACGCAUGUCUUGUGUCUACUUUGCAGUUUGAGACCGGAACAGCAGGUCUAAUACAUGGAAUUAAGCUCUAAUUCAACUUGAUUUUUGGUUCAGAGUUCUUUUACUUGUUUAAGGAUUCUCUGGGCGGAGCUACCCAGGCAACCAAACACGCCCUAAAACCGGUCGACCUCGCGUCUCGUUGGGACAUUAAUUAGCAGCUUGGCAUCACGCCACCGGGAGCAAAAUAACCGAUGUUCUGCGGCAGCGUGGAGUGGAGGAGAGCAGUACCCGUACGGGCUGCAUCAUGCACAUGUUGGAAGAUUGGGUGUACCAUGAGAUCGACAAACAAGAUAUCAGCAAGGAAUUCCCGGUCCACACCAUUGCUUUGGGCCGACACAAACCAUAUGAAAUGAAGCACCUAGCUGACGUGACCUUCGGCACCUUCGACACAAUCGAGGCCGACGAGGGCGUCACCAUAUCUCCCAUCGUGUCAGGUCACUACAACAACCUUGUAAGCUCAGACAAACGGUCAGGCAUAGUAGACCUCUACAACAUCUGCACCGGAGAGCAGAAGAACUUUAUUGUCUACUUGACAGUCCCACGGGGCAAUGAGAAGCUUGCCACCGUUGGCGGCACGUACCGGAGCCUGACAACGAGCAAGGAGCUUGUUGGCAUGGGCGUGAUCGUGCCACGACCACACCGAAAAUGCCUGUCUGAAGAGAUGAUCAUCCACCCUAAGGUGGCAGCAGAGUUGUUACGGAUCCGAUUGAUGAAGGCCAGCUUGGAUAGGCACGACUACAAAAUGACAUUGAUGUCGGCCGAGAUGACGGACUCCAUUCUCAAAAAAAAAUCAAAAGAAGAAGAAGAAGAAGGACUCUGAAAAGCCUCGCAAAGCCCAAGAGGAAGAAACCUUGUCCAACCUUGAGAGGGAAGUCGCUGAGAUGAGAAGCCUAUAUGGGGAUGAAAUGGAACUGUCAUGGAUAAAUCGCCACCAGUGGCAGUCCGACGCUUUCCCACAAAUCCUAGAGAAACAUGAUGAACUGGAUUCACAAAAAGCAAGGAAUUCACUGUCGACGAGUUCCCUGUCCUGGUGCGGGUUACCGCUGCACCAUGGCGUCAUGCCAGUGAGAUACCACGACAUGGCUUGGAUGUGGUCGUCUUGCUCGACAUCAGCAGAAACAUGCAGGCGGAGAUGCUGGAGAGCCUGAAGCAGGCCAUGAUGAUCGUGAUCGACAAACUCAGCCCAGAUGACCGGCUUUCCAUCGUGUUACUAUUGCAGGCCCACAAGCGCUGCCUUAUGGAGCUCACUUAUAUGUCGCGUAAAUAGCAUAAAAUUACUACUUUACAGGCUAGGGUUCCAAAAAACUACCGGUGGAGGCGCGGCGCGCAAACCAGGAAGCGGAGGCGCGGCGCGUGAACCAGCGGAGAAGGCGGCGCACCUCGUCCUCAACCUGCCGUCGACAUCCGACUGCAGCUCUUGCUGCAAGCUGCAAUGGAAUACCGUCCUCCUAAUGGUUUCAUGAGCUUCCUUCAAGGCCAAAGUCAUCCAAACUUCACUUUGCCAGCCCCUCAGCAGCUUGGUUUCCAAUAUCCAAUGUUCUGCACGCAGCCGCCGCCACCACCAGCCAAGCACCACCCUCUUCCAUCAACGUCUAAUCCCAGGACCACAACUCCAUCGAACAAGCGAAAACGUGUCACAAUCGAUGUGGAAGCAGAUGAUGAAGAUAGACAGAGGUUGUACUAUACAAAAGAUGAGGACCUCAGAUUGGUGAGUGCUUGGUUAAGCAAAUCUGUGAAUCCAAUCGAUGGGAAUGCCAAGAAGGGGGAAUACUACUGGAAGGAGGUUGUUGAUACAUACAACAGCACAACAGAGAGUGACCGACAAAGGGAUGUGAAGCACCUCAAGAACCAUUGGUACAAAACAACAAAGAAGGUAACCUCUUUCAAUGGCUGCUAUAACCAGAUGAGAGAUACCUAUGCGAGUGGCCGGUGUGAUAAACAAUUGAUGCAGCAAGCGCUAGACCUGUACCAAAGCCGCAAUGGGCACCAGUUCCUGUAUGUGCAUUGGUGGGAAGCUGUGAAAGACAGCCAAAAGUGGAAGAUUCAUGUAUACACAGAAGGAGAUGGAACAAAGAGGUCAGCACCAAUACCAACUGAGAAUGCUCAGCGUCCCCCAGGAACAAAGAGGGCGAAGAAAGCUACAGGAAAAGAUAAGGAAGCACCUACUGAGAUGAAUAACAUGAAAGAACAGAUUGAGGCCUUUCUACAAGCACAAGCUGAUGCUAAGGAGCGAACUGCUGAGAUGAUGGAAUUGCAGAGUCGAUUGUCUGCUCAGAAGGUAGAAGCUAAUCGACUUGCAUAUGAGGCAGCAAAGGAGAGGACAGUGGCCAAGUUAGCAGAGGAAAGAACAAAGUUGUUUGACAAGUUCACAGAUAUGUUGAAUGCUGACACAACAAGAAUGGAGCCAUGGGCAAAGGAGAUGCAUAUGAAGGCUGUUACAAGAUUGGGGGAUCAACUUUUCAGGGAGGAAUAGAAGAUGUUCUACAUAUAUGUCAAAAAAAGCGGAUUUCAUGUGCCAGGAAGCGUAGAAGAUGUGAGAUUUUUUUUUGGAAUGAGAAGAAUCAAAGGAUACAACAAAAAAUUCAGUCUGAAAUUUGAUUUGUGUGUUUACAAAUCUUUCCUUUAUGGGUAUUUGAAACCUUAAGAUUAUUCUGUUACUAUGGGAUUUUGUAGUGUCAUGGACAAGACAUACUGACACUGUUUGCAUAUCAAGAUUGUUGAUUUUUGUUUGG